UUCUCCAGCGACCAGCACCGAGCGCAGACUACCAAGGCCCCCGCCAGCAUCAUUGUGGUUCUCGCGUCCGUUCUGUGUUUAUCUCCGUCACUCGUCUCGUGGUGCUGGUUGUUUCUAAUCAUCUAUAUUUUUGUAAUUUUAAAUUUUUAAAUUUACAAACAUCCGUAAAAAUUCCGCUCGAGCUUAUUGCACAUAUCCGCAAACUAACAGUUAUUGGUGGUUCGUAUUGUUUUUAUUACACAGACGAUUCUCGUUAAAGCGAGCGUGCGAACGCCGCAGACCGAAAUGCAGCUGCUGUACUCGACCAGAACAAUAUUCGUCUGAUAACAAGGAACGACGAGAACGCGGAUAACGUCUGGGGCCCAUUGUGUCUUCGAUUUCGAUCAUGUUGCUGAUGCGAGAUUUGGGCGGUGCGUUAACCAUCGGACUAGGAAUAGCAACAGUUGCUGCUAAAUCAGUCCAUGGAUUGACGUGUUAUUGCGAACACCAAUGUCCAGACGGCCAGACAAAUGGAACAUGUGUAACUUCACGCUAUUCCCAAUGCUUUAGUUCUGUGCGUGAGGAGAUAAACGAUGAAACCGGCGAAUAUGAACAAAUAAUAUCUUAUGGGUGUCUUGCAGCUGGUGAACAAGGCUUCUUACAAUGCAAAGGUGGGAAUUCUUUGUAUGGCCUAGCGAUUCAGUGUUGCAACUCAGACAUGUGCAAUAAAGACAUAAUACCCAUGUACACACCACGCAGUACAACAACAGUACCACCCAAAGUUCAAAUCAAUUCUGUACCUUACAUAGCAUUCAUGUUGUCACUGGUUAUAUGUCUCCUAGUAUCUGCAAUCAUCAUAGGUUGGAUAUACCUUAGGUAUAGAAGACAAGAGAAAAAUCGGCUGUAUGCUUUAACAUCUACUGAAAGCUAUAUAUCUGGCACCAGUAACUUGUUGCAAACGCUUAUUGGUCAUUCAUCUGGUUCUGGUUCUGGGAUUCCACUACUUGUUCAAAGAACAAUCGCCAAACAAAUACGAAUAGAACGGCAAAUUGGAGAGGGUAGAUUUGGUAAAGUAUGUUUAGCUAACUGGAGAGGUGAACAUGUGGCUGUGAAAGUUUUUACUACUAUUAAUGAUCAAAGUUGGCUACGAGAAACAGAAAUAUACCAAACUGUUUUACUCAGACAUGAGAACAUUUUAGGUUUCAUUGCGGCUGAUUUGAAAGUGAGUGCUGGAGGUGCUCAGAUGAUGUUAAUCACAGAAUAUCAUAAACGUGGUUCUUUACAUGAUUUUUUGAAAGAGAAUACUAUUGAUACCACUCAGCUAGUCGUGAUGGCACGAUCAAUAGCUAGUGGCCUAGCACAUUUACACGAGCCAAUUAAUGGUACUCACGGAAAGCCAUGUAUUGCCCAUAGAGAUAUUAAAUCAAGAAACAUUUUAGUCAAGACUAAUGGAGAGUGUUGUAUCGCUGAUUUUGCUUUAGCUGUCCGAUAUGAUAGUCGAAGAAAUGAAAUUGACAUCGCUCCCAACUUAAGAGUAGGCACUAGACGUUAUAUGGCUCCUGAAGUAGUGAAUGACACUAUUGAUGUGACUUCAUUUAGCGCAUUUAAAUCUGCUGAUAUGUACUCAACAAGUUUAGUGUUUUGGGAGUUGUGUAGAAGAAGCAGGCAAAGUUGGCCAGUUGGAGGAUCACCUAUGCUUCAAGCUGAUGAAUAUAUGUUGCCUUAUGCCAAUCUGGUUGGCUCUGAUCCUUCAGUGGAAGACAUGCGCAUAGUAUUGAUAAUUCAAGGAGCUAGACCAGACAUACCUAUUCGAUGGAAAUGUGAUAAUAGAUUGAGAGUGAUAUCAGAAAUCAUACAAUUUUGUUGGCAUCAAAAUCCAAAUGUAAGAUUGGCAGCAUUGAGAGUUAUGAAGACACUGCGCAAACUCGAAGAUAGUGAAACCUUAGAAAACGGUAUUCAUCAUGUAUAAUACAGGAUAAAUAUAAUUUUACAGCAAUAAAAGCUGAUAUUAUGUAGGAUUUUAUAUUUUUGCCCAAGACUGUGUAGAUAGAAUUAAAUUUAAUAUUACUAAAUUGCUAUUAUCAACGUUAAAUGAACACCAAUGAUGUUUUUUUUAUCAGUUGAUCUACUUAACAUUUAGCUUAUAAAUGUGUGCCAUUAAUGUGUUAUAGCAGUGUAAAUAUUUUUUUUAUCCUUAAGAUUAUUUUUGUGUUUUUUUUUUUAUAUUUCUGUUAUGCAGUAGAAAUUGAUUUUACCUUUUCAAUAGGUGUUUUUUAACUAUACAAUUUUUUAUGAUGUUAAAUUUGUUCUAAAUGUUUUAUUUGGUAAACAGUGUGUAAAUAAAAAAAGAAAUUACUUCCUCAUAAUUUAAUUUUAUAAUCACAACAAUUUCUACUGUACAUAUUGUGUCUUUGAUUUAAUUGUUUUCUUUUUUGUGUACUAUACAAUUAGAAUUUAAUUUUAAAAUUUUCCUAUAAUCACUCAAAUGACAUUUACUCUCUGUAUAACUAAUUGUGGUUAUGGAGUUGUUUCCAAAGCUGUGUAACCGAUUCAAAUCAGUUAAUUAUUUAAUAAUGAAUUUCUAUAAUUGUAUGAUAUAUAUUAAUUAUAAUUAUAAUACUAUAUAGUUAUAUAUUACAGAUUAUUUUUUUUACUAUGUACAUUAAACAAUCAUUGUUAUUUAUUUACUGCAUUAUAAUAUAAUUGUUAAUAUAAUUGUUUUUAUUUUAAAUGUAUACUUACCUAGUAGAUUACAAGUCAACCUAUAAAGUUUAUGUAAAAUGUAUAAAUGUAUACAAUAUACUUUACCUAUAAUUUAUUUUUGAUAGUAACGUUUGUGUUUUUAAGACUAAAUCAUUUUUUAAACUGCAACGUCAAUUGUGUUGUUCUUAAAAGACUUGUACAAUUUUUUCGUUUUAUAUAACUAUAAAUAAACUGUGUAUACCUUUUAUAUUGUC